AUGGUGUGCCUGAUUGAAAACAGCCUUAUAUGCAUAGCCGUGUACAGAAAUGCAAGGCUUCGUUCGUCCACAAAUCUCUACAUUAUUUCUUUAGCUAUCAGCGAUAUCAUCAACGCAGUCAUUGUAAUGCCUUUUACUGUGGGUGUCCUUAUUACAGGGGAAUGGCCUUUUGGUGAGGCAGUCUGCGAUUUCCACGCCUUCUUCACCCUGUUUUCUGUUUACGUAUCCCCAACCACGAUGGGACUGACGGCCUUCAACAGAUACGUCCGCAUCGUUAAGCCUCAACACUACCCACGAAUCUUCACUGAUACUCGAUCAAAAAUAUAUAUCGCUGCAGUCUUCGGGAAAACAAAACAUCACAAUCUAAACAUGGCUUCGACGGCCCACGCCGAGGGAAGGGAAAAUCGAUUGACUGUCAAAGAGAUCAAGCCUACCAAAUCGCUCGCCAUUGUUGUGUUUGCCUUUGCACUGUGUUGGAUUCCAUUUUGGAUCAUUGUGAUGAUACAGCGCUUCGCUUCUGAUGUCGUUCCACGCAAUAUCCAACUGCUUUGUCCCUUUUUGAUGUUCUUCUCGAGCACUAUAAACCCAUUUAUACCCGCGCCGAGUUUCGUCGAAUUUUGCUCUACAAAGCAAAGUCAUCACAAUUUUGUGAGGAGCUUCGUCGUCCAAAAGAUGUUGAGUUAA